AGCCUUGUGUCUGCGCUGUGUGAGGGAGAGAGCCCUUCCCUCCUGCCCCCGGGUGCUGGAAAUGUCUGAGCAUAAGGCAAUUGAUCCGAAGUUAUCAACGACGGACAGGGUGGUGAAAGCUGUCCCAUUUCCUCCAAGCCACCGGCUCACAGCUAAGGAAGUGUUUGAUAAUGAUGGAAAACCCCGUGUGGAUAUCUUAAAGGCACAUCUUAUGAAGGAGGGGAGGCUGGAAGAAUCUGUUGCUUUGAGAAUAGUAACAGAGGGUGCUUCAAUUCUCCGUCAGGAAAAAAACUUGCUGGACAUAGAUGCCCCAGUCACAGUUUGUGGGGACAUCCAUGGACAAUUCUUCGAUUUGAUGAAGCUGUUUGAAGUAGGAGGUUCUCCUGCCAACACACGGUACCUCUUCUUGGGGGACUAUGUGGACAGAGGGUACUUCAGUAUUGAAUGUGUGCUGUAUUUGUGGGCCUUGAAAAUCCUUUAUCCCAAAACACUGUUUUUACUUCGUGGGAAUCAUGAAUGUAGACAUUUAACAGAGUAUUUCACAUUUAAACAAGAAUGUAAAAUAAAGUAUUCAGAACGAGUAUAUGAUGCCUGCAUGGAUGCCUUUGACUGCCUUCCCUUGGCUGCUCUGAUGAACCAACAAUUCCUGUGUGUACAUGGUGGCUUGUCUCCAGAGAUCAACACUUUAGAUGACAUCAGAAAAUUAGAUCGAUUCAAGGAACCACCUGCAUAUGGACCUAUGUGUGAUAUCCUGUGGUCAGAUCCCCUAGAGGACUUUGGAAAUGAGAAGACUCAGGAACAUUUUACUCACAACACAGUUAGGGGGUGUUCAUACUUCUACAGUUACCCUGCUGUAUGUGAAUUCCUCCAGCACAAUAACUUGUUAUCUAUACUCCGAGCCCACGAAGCUCAAGAUGCUGGGUAUCGUAUGUACAGGAAAAGCCAAACAACAGGCUUCCCUUCACUAAUUACAAUUUUUUCAGCACCAAACUAUCUAGAUGUAUACAAUAACAAAGCUGCAGUAUUGAAGUAUGAGAACAAUGUUAUGAAUAUCAGACAGUUCAACUGUUCCCCUCACCCAUACUGGCUUCCAAAUUUCAUGGAUGUUUUUACCUGGUCCUUACCAUUUGUUGGAGAGAAAGUGACAGAGAUGCUGGUAAAUGUGCUGAACAUCUGCUCAGAUGAUGAAUUAGGGUCAGAGGAAGAUGGUUUUGAUGGAGCAACAGCUGCAGCUCGAAAGGAGGUUAUUAGGAACAAGAUCCGAGCAAUAGGAAAAAUGGCCAGAGUGUUCUCUGUCCUAAGAGAAGAGAGUGAGAGUGUGCUGACACUGAAAGGUUUGACUCCAACAGGAAUGCUGCCCAGUGGUGUACUCUCUGGAGGGAAGCAAACUCUGCAAAGCGCGACUGUUGAGGCUAUUGAGGCUGAUGAAGCUAUCAAAGGAUUCUCACCACAGCAUAAGAUCACUAGUUUUGAAGAAGCCAAAGGCUUAGAUCGAAUUAAUGAGAGGAUGCCUCCACGCAGAGAUGCCAUGCCAUCUGAUGCCAACCUUAACUCCAUCAACAAGGCAAUCUCCUCAGAGACUAAUGGCACUGACAGCAAUGGCAGUAAUAGCAGUAAUAUUCAGUGACCACUUCCUGUUUUUUUUAGCUGCAGGGCAUGAUGGGAUUGCUGCACAUCAACAGUUGGAUGUUCUUGCCUCUGAUAAUAGCUUACUUGCUCUGGGAGCCAGGUGUUGGAGUCAGUUUACAAUAUCAUCUAAGAGGAGAUCGUAAACUUUAUUUUGGUGGGUGGGGGGUGGGGGCCAAACACCUCCUUUGGAUAUGCCUUUAAAAUGCUUAUAGAAAUAUGAAAGCUAAUGCUGGUAUAUAUUGCAAAGUUAGGGGAAUUGAACAUGUUUUCCUACUGCACUGGGAACUUCUAGAUAUGUUACUGAAAGGCCUUUUAUUAUGUUACUGGACAUGAAAACUUUGUCUAAUUUCUUACUAACUAUUGUACGUUUACAGUUGCAGCACUAAAUAUGGAUGACAUCAAAACAUUUUUAACAAAAUGAUGUACAAACUAAAUAAGGACUAUUUAUUGAUAAUGUUUUGCUACUCUUGUCAGACAAUGGCUAUAAAAUAAAUUAGGCAGUCUUUAAAAGUAUAAAAACAGAAUGU